UAGUUUCUGCAUUCUUUUGCUCGUGAUUAACAACAGAUUUUUCUGACAGAGGGCUGGUUUCUGGUUGUUGUCUCACAUAUCAUCAGUGUCUCAUGUGCCACUGUUUGUCAGCUGUUCUCUCACUUGCUAGUGGUUCUGAGCACAUGAAUCUCAUGUGCUGGCAAAGAGAGUCUUGAUGAUUGUUUACUGCUCUUCUUGGUCACUUUAAUGUAUGUCCACUGCCUGAAUGAUGACCAGUCAAACUUUCCCACCAUAUCUGGAGACAAUGGCAUGUCGUUUUCUUGAAUUAAAAGAAAGAAAAGAAUGUCGGUUCCAGGAGCCAUGUUAAGCGCCAGAAGCUUGCUGUUGCUUCGUACCAUAACAACAUUAGCAGCAAAGUCUAUAUCAGGAACUUCAACGACCUCUUCUCUGUUAUUAUACUCGUACUGUGACCAAAGUUAUCACCAGACUGUUUAUACCAAUAACCGGAAAAUUGAUGCAUCAGUCAAAACUGGUUGCCUAAUAUCUGCCCAGACCUUGUUUGACCAAAUGCCUGUACGUGAUGUUGUUUCAUAUAACUUGCUUAUUUCUGGAUAUGCCCGAUAUGGGUACUCAAAACAGGCUCUUGGUUUUUACAGUGAAAUGGUUUCAAGGCGUGUAAGAGAGAGUGCAUCCACAUUUUCUUCUGUUAUAAGCAUAUGCAGCAACUGUGGUUAUUAUAGAGAAGGAACUCAAGUUCAUUGCAGGGUAAUUUCACUUGGGUUUCAGUUGAAUUUGUAUAUUGGGAGCUCCCUUAUGGAUAUUUAUAUGCAUAUGGGGUCUGAUAAGGAAGCUUUCAGGGUAUUUGAUGAAAUACCAAAGAGAAAUUUGAUUGUAUGGAAUUUGAUAUUCAGAUGGUUCUCUGAGUUGGGUCGAUCAAGUGAAUUAUUUGAAUGUUAUCAUAAGAUGGAAAUGGAUGGUAUUUGUCCAAAUGGGCUUAGUUAUUGUUAUCUGAUUCAUGGUUGCAGUAACAAAAGGUUAUUGGAUGAAGGAGAGCAGCUUCAUUGCCAGGUUAUAAAGGUUGGAUGGGCAGAAUCACAUAUUUUUGUUGCCAAUGCUUUGGUGGAUUUUUAUUCUGCUUGUGGGUGUCUAACUGGUGCUAGGAAAUCAUUUAAAGCUGUUUGUGAGGUGGAUGUGAUCUCAUGGAAUUCACUUAUUUCAGUUUACACUGAUCAUGAUUUGUUGCUCGAUGCCCUUGAAUUAUUCCAUAGGAUGCAGUUUUGGGGGAAGAGGCCAUCUAUCCGUUCAUUUGUGGGGUUCUUGAAUCUAUCUAGUAGUGGUGGUGAUAUUCUGUUUGGAAAGCAAAUCCAUUGUUAUGUAUUAAAAAUGGGUUUUGAUUAUGCAAGCGUCCAUGUCCAGUCUGCAUUAAUUGACAUGUAUGGGAAAUGUGGUGACAUUGAGAGUUCACUAUCUGUUUAUGAAGCUUCUCCGCGUAGAAUUUUGGAGACCUGUAACGCCCUAAUGACAUCUUUUUUGCAUUGUGGGGUCACUGAAGAUGUGGUUGAGAUGUUUAGUUUAAUGGUUCAUGGAGGAAUUGCAUUUGAUGAAGUCACACUUACCACAACACUAAAAGCACUCUCAUUUUCUGGUUGUGCAAUCUUGCCUAGUUGCAGACUUCUGCAUUGCUGUGCUGUAAAGUCAGGUUAUGAAUCUGAUGUUGCAGUUUCUUGCUCUUUGAUCGACACAUAUUCUAGAUGUGGUCAUGUUGAACUUUCUCGGCAAGUUUUUGAAAAACUUGCUUCACCUAAUGUCUUCUGUUUCACAUCUAUCAUCAAUGGGUAUGCUCAAAAUGGAAUGGGGAGGGAAAGUCUUGAGAUGUUUGAAGCAUUGAUUCAGAAGGGGUUGAAAGCAGAUAAAGUGACAUUUCUAUGUGUAUUAACAGGAUGCAAUUAUUCGGGGUUGGUAGAAGAGGGAGGAUUGGUGUUUAGUUCAAUGAAAUCGGUUUAUGGCAUGUGCCCAGACCGGCAACAUUAUUCAUGCAUGGUAGAUCUUUUAGGCCGGGCAGGACUGCUGGAGAAAGCUGAAGCAUUGAUGCAGCAUGCACCAGCAAAGGCUGAUUGUGUGAUGUGGAGCUCUUUGUUGCGGAGCUGUAGGAUUCACAAGAAUGAAACAGUAGGAAGAAGAGCUGCAAAAAUCUUGAUGGAGCUUGAGCCGUUGGAUUUUGCUGUUUGUAUACAAGUUUCAAACUUUUACUCUGAAAUAGGAGAAUUUGAGACCUCAUUGCAAAUUAGAGAGAUUGCAGUGGCAAGGAAGCUCAUGAGGGAGAUUGGUUAUAGCUCAAUAGUGGUGAAUGGUUGCAAUUAGAAUUUGCAUCUCCUACUGGCAAAAUUGAUGGACAGAAUUAGCCCUAGGAGCCCCAUAUAGGGAACCUAUUGUAUGACAGCAUUGAUAUGCUUUGGGAGUUUGAAAAUUUGGACGUAGCAGAAGAGGCUGAGGAAGAACUUUUUGACGUCCCAUCGUGGACAAGUAGGUCUGCUAAGAAGGGUUUUUUAAAUGUGGAU